AUGACUCCUCUGAAGACAUCUGUUCUGACCUUCCUAAUUCUGGGUGUCUUUUGUCAAUGCAUAACAGCGUUUUAUCCUGCCCGUUUAAAGGAGUGUUGUCACAGCUACAAGACAGGCAGCCCCAUCCAGAUUCCACGGAUAAUGAACUACUUCAGGACUCCCAGUGACUGUAGCUUAGAGGCUGUCGUGUUUGUCAUGAGCAAUGGGAAAAAAGUCUGCGCUAACCCCAGAAAUAAGUGGGUGAAAAGAACAGUUACUGUCUUAGAGGGAAAAAAAAUAAGGAAUCGUUUAUAG